AAGAUAGAUAGCCGGAUAUUGUCCACUGCGGUGCGGACUGCGGUGUUGCAAAGUCUAUACUCUAUUCCAUUGCGGCACUACCCACUUCCUAUCUCUUUCUUUCCCCCUCUGAAUUCCAAUUCUCUUUUACACCAUGAAUUUACUGGAGAAGCUGAAACUGCAGAAGAGGAGUUCAGCAGAGAAAGAAGAUGAAGGUCCUGUGUUCUGGUUUGAGACCACUGCCUCUCUUUCUCAUCGUUUCCAAUUUGAAACCACUGGUCAACUUUCCGUAAAGCUUGUUGAUGAUUCCAGACCAUUAUAUCGCAGGGUAGUUGAGUCUUUCCUGAAUAAAUUUUUCCCCUCAGGAUAUCCUUACAGGUCAUUUGAUUUCUUCCUGAAUAUAGUGCCUUUUCGAGCACUGCAACAUCUCACCAGUGCAGCACUAUCUGUGCUAUCAACUCAGUCACUGCUGUUUGCUGCAGGCUUGCGGCCCACACCUGCUCAAGCAACUGCUGUUAGUUGGAUCCUAAAGGAUGGUAUGCAACAUUUAGGGACGAUAAUAUGUAGCAAUUUGGGUUCAAGAAUGGAUUCCGAGCCUAAAACUUGGAGAAUUUUAGCUGAUGCCAUGUAUGAUUUCGGCACUGGCUUGGAAGUGCUUUCCCCGUUAUGCCCACAUCUUUUUCUUGAGAUGGCAGGACUAGGAAAUUUUGCCAAGGGUAUGGCAAUUGUUGCUGCAAGAGCUACUAGAUUACCUAUAUAUUCAGCAUUUGCUAAAGAAGGAAAUCUCAGUGACCUCUUUGCUAAAGGGGAGGCUAUUUCAACUCUCUUUAACGUUUUUGGAAUUGGAGUUGGAAUUCAAUUAGCAUCUACUGUUUGUGCAUCCAUGCAGGGCAAGUUGGUUGCAUACCCUCUACUAUCAAUUAUACAUAUAUACAGCGUUGCUGAAGAAAUGAGGGCCACUCCUGUCAAUACAUUGAAUCCACAAAGAACGGCUAUGAUUGUAGCUGAUUUUGUCAAGGCAAGAAAUGUGUCGAGCCCUGCUGAUCUAAGAUAUCGAGAAGACUUGCUCCUUCCUGGGCGACUUAUUGAAGAUGCCGGAAAUGUAAGAGUUGGUAGGGCUUUGCAAAAGGUGAUUAAGCCUUCAAGACUUCUUGAGUUAAGGCAACUAUUCCCUGGGGAGAAGUUUCUGUUAAAUCAUGGAGACAAAUGCACCGACAUGGUACUGGAACAAGAUGCAAGUGGUGAAGAUGCAUUGAGAGGUUGGCUAGUCGCUGCCUAUGCCGCGGAAAACAUGAAUCCCUCUGGUGAGCUUCGUGUCGGUACCCUGCAAGAAGCCUAUGAGAAAAUGAAUGAUGUGUUCCCGGUGUUCUUACAAGAACUGCAGAACAAAGGGUGGCACACGGAUCGUUUUCUGGAUGGAAACGGGAGCCGCUUCGCAUUUUAGCGUUCCUAUAAAUCCGGGACUACGUAGGUAUUUUCAUCUAUUCUGUGACACUAGAUGCAUACAAAAAAUGGUUUUGAUUAGUUCUUUGAUGUUGGUCAUUUGAAACUUGAAAGUAGCCAUCAUUGUAUUCUGUAGCAGCGACAUAUCAUUCAUGUACCGUUGGAUCGGGCAUGGGGCUCCAAUUAAACUAGGACACGCGCCCCAUUCAAUAAUAGAUGGAUGAUAUGCCGGUGUGGAAUAUGAUGAUGGUUAUGUUAUAAAAACAUUUUUUAUUUAACUAACUAUUACAUGACAUGUUACACCCUUGCUUUUCGUGUGCUUUAAGGAAAACAUGACGGAUCAUGAAUUGAUUAAGAAUGAGAAUCAAUAAGAUUAGAAUAAUGAAUGCAAUAAACAGUUUACAUA